CGUAUUUAUCGUUCCGCCCCUUCUCGUCUUGCAGUACCGGGGUCUGGCUCAUAGGUGGCGCAAAUCUCUCCUGCUUCGCUUCUGUUCUCUUCACUUCUUGUCAUCCCGACACCGCAUUCCUUUUAGCUCUCACCUCUCCUCCACAGCUUCUCCUCCUCACCUCCUGUCUCCGCGACCCGUUUUCUUCUUGGGAUUUUUUUUUUAUCCAUUUCGGGUUACACAGACUAAUCGGCCGGCGUCAGUCGGCGUGUCGGAACGCAUCGGUGGGAGUGGAGAAGACGUGAUUACGGGUUAUAUAGAACAUAACGGGACGCAUUACGGUACCCUUGGUCAAUGUGAAUGGUCUCACACAUAGACACAAACACUCAAUCCAUACCAAUUAAACAAGAUAACUGAAGGACGUACAAACCGAUACCAAAACCCUCUUUUACACAUAAUAAAGAGGCGUGGGCCAACAUAAAUGGCUGACAAACAGAUCAGUUUGCCUGCCAAGCUAAUAAACGGGGGUAUCGCUGGCUUGAUUGGUGUCACCUGUGUGUUUCCCAUUGACUUGGCCAAGACCCGCUUGCAGAACCAGCAGAAUGGCUCACGCCUCUACACCAGCAUGUCCGAUUGCCUUAUCAAAACCAUUCGGUCAGAAGGAUACUUUGGGAUGUAUAGAGGGGCCGCUGUUAACUUAACUCUUGUUACUCCAGAGAAAGCCAUAAAGCUGGCUGCCAAUGAUUUUUUUAGGCAGCAUCUUUCAAAGGAUGGGCAGAAGCUCACACUGUUUAGAGAAAUGCUGGCAGGAUGUGGUGCAGGGACAUGCCAGGUCAUUGUUACAACACCAAUGGAGAUGCUGAAAAUCCAGCUGCAAGAUGCAGGACGAAUUGCUGCUCAGAGGAAACUGAUGCCACAGGCUGUGUCUCCUGGUGGUGGUGUAGAGUUGAAGAGCCCGACUGCUAUGCAGCUCACACGAGAGUUGCUGAAAGAGAAAGGUAUUGCCGGACUAUAUAAAGGACUUGGAGCCACUCUGCUCAGGGAUGUUCCGUUCUCAAUCAUCUACUUUCCUCUGUUUGCUAAUCUAAAUAACUUGGGGAAAAGGGGACGUGAGGGUCCUGCUCCCUUCUACGUCUCCUUCCUUUCAGGCUGCAUCGCUGGCAGUACAGCUGCUGUGGCAGUCAACCCAGUAGAUGUGAUAAAAACCAGGCUGCAGUCUCUAACACGGGGCAGUCAGGAGGACACGUAUAGUGGCGUGAGCGACUGCAUCAGAAAGAUCCUUCGGAACGAAGGUCCGGCUGCUUUCCUGAAAGGCGCAUACUGCCGCGCUCUCGUCAUCGCGCCGCUCUUCGGGAUCGUUCAGGUCGUCUACUUCCUAGGCGUUGGUGAAUUUAUCCUCAGCUUUUUACCCAAACGGAACAAUUAACCCGAUCCGUUCUGCUUCCUGCCUUUCUUCAUCUUCACUGCACCAGUUAAGACCUCUUCCUCUGCCACCCCCAUUUGAACUACAUGCGUUGCCUGGAGGUGUUUUUUCUUUUUUCCUUUUUCAUCGUUUAUUUUAUUAUCGUGCAAUUUUAUUGGAAUGUAUGUUUCGUUCUGGAUGAAUGCGACAAUCAAAGAGUGAGCAGAUUUUUUGUUAGAAAUUAUGUUUGCUAAAUUCUGUAAAGGGGGCCUGUUAGUUCUGAGCCGAAGCACAGGCCAUGAAAUUCAGAAAGUUCAACAUGCCAUAUGUUAGUUAUAUGGUUUACGAAGAAUCAUGUAAAGGCUAAAUUUUAUAAAGUAUAUAAAUAAUACUUUUAUUUAUUGGGCAAAUAUGACACUUUAAUGCUUGGGUAGAUCAGAUGCUUCCCAUUAUUGUGAUAUAAAUUCUCACAAGCCUAGAAAGCUUU